AUGUCUUCAAGUGGUGGUACUGUUGCUCAACAGUCUUCUGCUACAACAACAGCAGCCAGAACCAACAAUGAAGAAGGAUCCACCUUCUCAACAAUACUUUCAACCAUUUCUAGAGUGUUGAUUGUCUUUUUCGUAAUGAAGAUGAUUUCUGGAGGUUUGUUCGGAGGUGGUGGAAAUCAAGCAAAUAAUGGUGCUGCUUCUUCACUAGAUUCCAAAACUACAACAACAACAACAACUCAAUCAGCACCUUCAUCAGCAUCCAUAGUUGCUGCUCCUGCCUUCCGUAAAUCGUGUGCCAUGACUUUGCAACUCUAUUUAUCAACAAGUAGUGAUAGAAAAUUAAUGCGAAAAAUCUAUGAUCGUGUAAACUAUACUUCAUCGGAACCUAUUCAUCAUGAAUUAUUGUUGCAAGAUAGAGUUUAUUAUGAUGAUCGUGAAAGUAAUCACAAAACAUUUAAUUUGACAUUUAAUAAUCAAACUGAUUAUCCAGUGUUUUAUGAUUUAUUGAUUGGUAACAAAUCAGUUCAUUUCCAUGCUUUCUUACAGGAGGAAGGAAAUUCAUUACCAGAACGAAUUUUACACAUUACUCAUCCAUUUAGUAGAGUUUUGAAAGUAAAGAGGAAUAAGAAGAGAAAUUUACUCUUUGAUUCAUCUACACAAAAUGAAACUGAAAGCAGUGCAGAAGUUGGAGAUUUGUACAUUCCUCAUUAUUUACCAAAAGUGUUUUUGAGUAUGGUUGAUAUGCAUGAUGCUCUUCCACUUAGUUCUCUUCCUGCUCAUUUCCAAUCAGCAAUUCACUUAUUACCAAUGCGUGGAAAUCCAAAGAGAUAUUAUCCAGUUCUUUAUUUUAAUGAUUUUUGGACAAUUAGAAGUCACUUUGUUGCUCUCAAUGAUACAUUGAAAAGCUUACCUUUAGAAUUGGACUUGUCAAUUGUAAAUCAAUGGAAGUGGCAAUUCCAUUUACAAAUGGAUGAAUCCCUCAGAAUGCAAAAACAAUUUGGAUCUGAUGAAGCAGAGUCUGAUGAAAUUAAGCGUAUGCUUUUUGAAACUAAUCCAUACUUGUUGGCUAUUACUAUUGUUGUAUCCAUUUUACAUAGUGUCUUUGACUUUUUGGCAUUCAAGAAUGAUAUUCAAUUCUAUAGAAAUCAAAAGAAUAUGGAAGGUUUAUCAAUUCGUUCAAUCUUUGUGAACUGCUUCUUCCAGACAGCUAUUUUCCUCUAUUUGUUCGAUAAUGAAACCUCAUGGAUGAUUUUAAUUAGUAAUGGUAUUGGUUUACUAAUCGAAUAUUGGAAGAUUAGUAAGGUUGUAGAUGUAUCAAUCAAGAAAACUAACAAAUUCCCAUACUUUAUCGAGAUUACUGACAAGUCUAGCUAUGUUGAAAGCAAGACUAAGGAAUAUGAUAACGAAGCCAUCACUUAUCUUUCCUAUGUAUUCUAUCCAUUGAUUGUUGGUUAUGCAAUUUAUGCUCUCUACAAUCAUGAAUUUAGAUCAUGGUAUAGCUUUGUCUUGUCCACAAUUGUUGGAUUUAUCUAUGUUUUCGGUUUCCUCAACUCUGUUCCACAAGUUUAUGUUAACUACAAGCUCAAAUCUGUUGCUGCCAUGCCAUGGAAAUCCUAUGUCUAUAAGGCCCUUAACACAUUUGUUGAUGACUUGUUUGCCUUUGUUAUUCAAAGUCCAAAUAUGUACAAGCUUGCUUGUUUGAGAGAUGACGUCAUUUUCUUCAUUUACCUUUAUCAAAGAUGGAUUUAUCCAGUUGACUUGAAGAGAGUAAAUGAGUUUGGUCAAGGAGGUGAAGAACAAACAACAGAAAAACAAUCUGAAAUUACUGAAACAACCACUGAAGAAAAAGUCAAUGAGGAGUCAACUGAAGAAAAACAACCAUCCCAAGAAAUUGUUGAAGAACCAUCUUCUGGAAAGUUGAAAACUGAAUAAAUUAUGAAUUGACCAGCAUCCUCAAAGGCCUAUGUUAUAAUAAAACUACAACUUAUUAUU